AUGGGGAAGAUUGUAUUCUUUGAGGAUAAGAAUUUCCAAGGUGGUAGUUAUGAAUGCAGCAGUGACAGCCCAGACCUGCACUCCUUCUUCAGCCGCUGUAACUCUAUCAGGGUGGAGAGCGGCUGCUGGGUUCUGUACGAGCGCCCCAGCUAUGCAGGCUACCAGUACAUCCUGACCCCUGGGGAGUACCCUGACCACCAGCAGUGGAUGGGCUUCAACGACAGCAUCAGAUCCUGUCGAUCUAUCAAAAACGUCUAUGGAAAUUCCUACAAGAUCAGAUACUAUGACAGGCCAGAUUUUGCUGGCCAUAUGGCAGAGUGGAGUGAGGACUGCCCAUUGGUCCACGAAGCAUUCAAGUUCCAUGAGUUCCACUCUGCUGUGGUGAUGGACGGUGCCUGGGCAUUCUACGAGCUGCCCAACUACAGGGGGCGCCAGUACUUCCUGGAGCGUAAAGAGUACCAUAACUUCACGGACUGGGGCGCCACCUCCCCUGUCGUGGGCUCCUUCCGCAAGAUCACAGAGUUCUAGAACCUUACAACCUCUAGAGUUCUAGAGCCCUACGAUGACCUCUUUCCCAGAAACCUCUCUGCAGUGCCUUAUGACACCCACCUCUGUGUGAGAGUGUUGCAGUCUAACAAAUAAAACUCUGUCUGAUUCCCACAUACCCCAUUGUCUUCAUUAAUUUGACAUGAGAAUCACCGGGCACAAGUACUGCAUGUCAACACCAGUAGAUCUACUCACACUGUUUAUUUAGUCGUCUUUGCAACCAUAUCAACAACACUAAAAUAGAAUGUAACAGAAUACAAUACAAUCCUGUAUUGCCUUCCAAGGAACAAAGUCUUUACACAAUCCUAUAGAAGAAACCCAUACAAAUGAACACACAAACAGUUUGUAACACGGUACAGUGUCACACAAUAAAAAGCCAGUUAAACAUGUACAGUCUAAGGGGCAGCGUUACAUUCCGUAAAGACAACCCUAGAUGUCAUCGCUCAACAGAAAAGGGAACUAACAAAGUAGUCUUUGACAACCAAAUCAAAACAGAAAGUGUUUCAGACGGGUUCUGAAAGAAACCCAUGAGGGUGUCCACUGAAUGUUGGCAAAGCAACUAGAAAGGGACCUAAAAGACAACCCCUAUGGAUGGCCACUUGAAUUCCUCAUAAAUUCCUCAUAAAAGACAAA